AUGAUUGCUGCUGUUCUCCGGCCCGCACCCCACAGUGUGGCUUUGCUCAAGCGCACCAGUGCACUAUACCAGCCUACGCGUUCGCUGAUCACGCUUAGGGACCACAAGUAUACGGCCCAUGCAACGGCGCGAGGUCAGGGCCGCAACGGCCAAGUCAAGUCUGAUGACGACUAUGGCCUUGACUUGCGCCUGGCGAUGCCCAAGUCCCUUGGAGGAAAGGGGGAUGGGCAGAACCCUGAGAUGCUGUUCGCUAUGGGAUAUGCAGCAUGCUUCCUGAGCGCGAUGCAGCUUGUCGCUGGCAAAUUAGGAAAGUCUGACAUGGCGAAGAACGCGGUCGUACAUACGCAAGUGCACGUGGGUGAGCCAAAGGAGAUGGAAGGCUUUGGUCUUGAGGUGGAUAUCCAGGUGGAAGGCGUUGACGAGGAUCUCAUCAAAGCUGGGCAUGAGGCGUGUCCCUACAGUCGAGCAUUGACGCAAGGCGUGGUAGUCAACGUCUCGAAGGCUUGA